CAGCUUUUUAGUUUCUUUUUCGGUUGUUCUCCCGCACCUAAAAUAAACACAAGAAGAAAAAACUCAUUUGGGUCACCGAACCAAAACCUACGCUGCUUUUGAAUUUUCUCAGGUCGACGAAAACGAAGGCACUAUUGAUAAGCGGUUUUGAGAAAUUGUUAAAUAUUACCUCCUUUUUUAAUUCAAAACGCAAUUUCCCCUCUUCUCUUCACGUUUUUUUUUCGGGCGAUCACGGGGGUUUUAGCACCUCUUCCUUUGAUUUCUGUGCCAAGAGAUUUUGCAUGUGAGAAGAAGCUAUAUUGUUUCGUGCUCGCGUGAUCUCUUUCGUGCUUUUGAUUCAACCAGGUUCCUGGCUUCUUCACUGUCAGGAGGCCUGAGAGGAACCCAGUGACUUACUCCUGCAUCUACAAUCACAAGUUUGUAGAAGAUAUGGGUAUCUUUUCACGGAGUUCGAUUAGUAGGAAAUCAAAAGAUGGAAUGAAAAUCAUUGCAACUGCAUUUUUCGGAGUAAUGUUCGGAUUUCUGAUUGGAAUAUCUUUUCCAUCAUUAUCAAUCACUAAGGUGAGUCUCCCAACAAACUUUCUUCCUUCAAACGGUAUCUCAUAUAUAGAGGAAAAGGGUUCCACAAUUGCAACUCCAGAUAGUCAUAAAUCUUGGUCAUCAUCAAAGAGUAACGACAGCAGCUCAUCUGGUCCAGUUGACAAAUCAAAGAUAUGGGUUCCUUCAAAUCCUCGUGGCGCUGAAAGAUUGCCACCGGGUAUGAUUGCAGCUGAAUCAGACUUCUAUUUGCGCAGAUUAUGGGGCUUACCGCAUGAGGAUUUGACCAGCCAACCAAGAUACCUCGUGACGUUUACUGUGGGUAUAAAUCAGAAGGAAAACAUCGAUGCUUGUGUCAAGAAGUUUUCAGAGAACUUCACUAUUGUCUUGUUUCAUUAUGACGGCCGGGUAACUGAAUGGGAUGAGUUUGAAUGGUCCAAGACUGCUAUACACAUUAGUGUGCGAAAGCAAACAAAAUGGUGGUAUGCAAAGAGGUUUUUGCACCCUGAUAUUGUAGCAAGAUAUGAUUAUAUAUUCAUCUGGGACGAAGACCUUGGGGUUGAACAUUUUAAUGCAGAAGAGUACAUAAAGCUUGUGAAGAAGCAUGGCCUGGAGAUUUCCCAACCUGGUUUGGAACCAAACAAGGGGUUGACAUGGCAGAUGACAAAGAGAAGAGGAGAUCUUGAAGUCCACAAGAUAACAGAAGAAAAACCUGGAUGGUGCUCAGAUCCUCAUCUCCCUCCAUGUGCUGGAUUCGUGGAGAUCAUGGCUCCUGUAUUUUCAAGAGACGCCUGGCGAUGCGUGUGGCACAUGAUCCAGAAUGAUUUGGUUCACGGUUGGGGACUUGACUUUGCACUCAGAAGAUGUGUUGAGCCUGCACAUGAGAAAAUAGGUGUAGUAGAUUCUCAGUGGGUCGUUCAUCAAACCGUCCCUUCCCUUGGCAGCCAAGGUGAGGCAACAGACGGGAAAGCGCCAUGGCAAGGGGUUAGGGACAGAUGCAAAAAGGAAUGGACCAUGUUCCAGAGUAGAAUGGCUAACGCAGAGAAGGAUUAUUUCAAGUCCUUACAAGUUGAAGGCUCCUCUAAUUCAACAGCAACAACCAUUUGAUAGGAGAGUUGUUAAGUAGCCAGACCGUGACGCUGACAGAUUCAGUUCACAAACGAUCUUGCAUUUACAUAUAGAGUUUGUAUAUGUUAAUGUAGUGGAUACUCCAUCUCUUGUUAGCCUACAACAAAAUAUUCCAUCAAAUAAACAAAAAUGAUGCACAAUAUCACAAUAUUGAUCAA